CUUCGUAAAAAAUUUAGGCCACUCAUCUAAUAAACUUUGUAUUAGUCAUGCAGACUACAAAUUUCUCCCAAUUCAAUAUUCCAUCGAUUGUAUGGAACUCACCUCCCCCUACAACCACCAUGCUCCGUGGCAAAACUACCUCAACGCAGAGGUUAUCUCCGCCCAACGCGGUGGCUUCAACCACAUCUCGUCACCAGGUUACUCACUCAAUGCCACCAGAAAAAUUGGAAAUCUUUAAGUCAUUAGAACCUUGGGUUUUCGAAAACAUCCUCCCCUUCCGCAAGCCCAUAGAGAAAUGUUGGCAGCCCAUUGAGUUUCUCCCUGACCCAUCUCAAGGGCCCGAACAUUUCGAGGAAGAAGUUCGGGCCCUAAGGCAACGAGUUUUAGGGCUUUCGGAUGAGUACUUUGUUAUGCUUGUGGGUAAUAUGCUAACUGAGGAUGCUUUGCCUACUUAUCAGACCGCAAUUAAUACAUUUGAUGGAGUACGCGACGAGACUGGAUCGAGCCCAUGUCCAUGGGCAAUUUGGACUCGGGCAUGGUCCGCUGAGGAAAAUCGACAUGGUGAUCUGCUACGAACUUAUCUUUAUCUUUCAGGGAGAGUGGAUAUGUUGAUGGUCGAGAAAACACUACAAUACUCAAUUGGAGCUGGAAUUGACGUCGGAGUAGAGAAUAAUCCAUACAUGGGUUUUGUGUACACGUCAUUUCAAGAGCGAGCCACAUUUUUAUCGCAUGGUAAUAUGGCUAAGCUAGCUAUAGAGGGCGGAGACCCCAUGCUAGCGCGUAUAUGUGGAACCAUUGCAGCAGAUGAGAAGCGUCAUGAGAAUGCCUACACAAAAAUUAUUGAAAAAUUACUUGAAAUAGACCCAAACACAACUAUGAUAGCCAUUGCCUAUAUGAUGAAGAAGAGAAUCACAAUGCCACUGCACCUCAUGUAUGAUGGACAAGAUCCAAAUAUAUUUAAGCACUUUUCAGCAAUUAUCCAAAAGCAAGGGGUUUACACAUCUCGUGAUUAUGUUGAAAUAUUAGAAUUUUUCAUAACAAGAUGGAAAUUGGAAAAACUUGAAGGCUUGACAACGGGGGAGGCCAGACGUGCACAGGAUUUUGUGUGCAAACUUCCAAGUAAGAUUAAGAGGUUUGAAAAUCGAAAUAAUAUAUUAGACUCACAUCCGGUGAAGCUUAGUUGGAUUUUUAAUAAGCAGGUUUGUGUUUAAAUGUAUAUAUUAAUUUGUAAUAAAUACUUAUGUAAAAUUAAAACUUGUUCGUAGUUAAUUUAACUACCACCAGCCGAACAUAAAGCGAA